AUGGCUGCGGGCAGCUGGAGCCGGGUCCCUCCCGCUGCCUGUCAAGACGCAAGCCCGCCCACUGCCCGGGACUCGCGGAGCCCGCCUCGCGCCUGUCAGGCACUAGGCCCCGCCCCCGCGCUCGCCCAGCCCCGCAGCGCCCUUCCAGGGCGCUCGGUGGGCACUCCUGGACUGCGCAACCUGGGAAAAACCCCAGCGCUCCGGGAGCAGGCCCCGGGCUGCGCUCGCGGGCUACGUGGGGGCGCGGCCGAGUCGCGGGGCUGGGAGGAGCGGGCGGCCGGGGAGAGGCGCGCCCACGCGGAGCACCCCGGGCAGAAGGGCAGGGGACCUCCCGGGAAGGCAGAGGUAGAAGAAGUAGGGCCAGCUCGGGUCGUCCGCCGCCAGCACCCGGCUUCAAGCCACAGGGGACCCGCACCUGCUCAAGCGCGGCAGUUUUCCGCUGUUGGACACCUCCUGCGGGCUGCGGUUGGAGAUCCUGGAGAGUGGGUCAACGCUGGGCCCCCGGUGGCAGUGUCCAAGCCAGAAGGGCCCUCGGAGGCCAUAGUGCCCAUUUCUGAGAAGGGAAGGCAGAGCCUCCAAAAAGGGAAAGGCUUGCCUGAGGUCAGGCAGAGGCAAGGAAGGAAGAGCUCCAGCGGGAAGAGCGUUCCAAGAGGAAGAAGCAGCAGGAGCAAAGGGCCUGCGCUGCCUGGAUGUCACGACCGGGCUGUCCUGCUCUACGAGUAUGUGGGCAAGCGGAUCGUGGACCUGCAGCACACCGAGGUCCCCGACGCCUACCGCGGGCGUGGCAUCGCCAAGCACCUGGCUAAGGCUGCUCUGGACUUUGUAGUGGAGGAGGACCUGAAGGCCCAUCUCACGUGCUGGUACAUCCAGAAGUACGUCAAGGAGAACCCCCUGCCGCAGUACCUGGAGCGCCUCCAGCCGUAACCCUGGCCCCGCGGGGCAGGAGCCCUCUGCGCCAGACCUCUCCUCACGGCCUUCGCCCCGGCCCUCCGCGUGCUCUCAGGAAACCUGGUCCCCACAGGGGACGGACUCAGAGUUAUUUUUGUAAGGACGCUCCUCGGUGGCCCCCGGAGGCUGCCGGCCAACGAUGCGCAGUGGUCCAGCUACCGUGGUGAAGGGGAGGCCGGGCAGCCGAGGUCCCGGCGGUGGUCACUGUGCAGACACUGGCUGGCUCCUCACAAGGCCACCCCCGCCUCCCGUGGGUGGGCCGGCGGGGGCCUGCGGCCAGGACUGCACGGUGGCCAGGCCUGUCCCUGGGGCCGGUCUGGGUCCCACCUGCUGCUCGCUGCUCUGUGAUCGGCAGGAGAGCUGAUUUGGGGCCCCUGCCGCC